GUACGGCUGUAGGCCAAAUUCAUAUCUAGCAAAUAAAACUACUUCAUAGUUUCCCUUGGUCUAGCCAACUCCACCCCUAGGAGGUUUGAAGUUUGAGCCUCCUGUAAACCCUAUGAACAAUUACGCUUUCCUCAAAUUGACGACACUCAGGGCUUCCAAAGUUGGCGUGAUUAAAAUGGCUUCCAGAGGAAAGACAGAGACAAGCAAAUUAAAGCAGAAUUUAGAAGAACAGUUAGAUAGACUGAUGCAGCAAUUACAAGAUCUGGAAGAAUGCAGAGAGGAGCUUGACGCCGAUGAGUAUGAGGAGACGAAAAAGGAAACUUUGGAGCAGCUGAGUGAAUUCAACGAUUCCCUGAAGAAAAUUAUGUCGGGGAAUAUGACUUUGGUCGAUGAACUCAGUGGGAUGCAGCUGGCUAUCCAGGCAGCCAUCAGCCAGGCUUUUAAAACACCUGAAGUCAUCAGAUUGUUUGCGAAGAAACAACCAGGCCAACUUCGGACAAGGUUAGCAGAGAUGGAUAGAGAUCUGAUGGUGGGGAAGCUGGAACGGGACCUGUACACCCAGCAGAAGGUGGAGAUACUAACUGCUCUCAGGAAGCUUGGAGAGAAGCUGACAGAAGAUGACGAGGCCUUCCUGUCAGCAAACGCCGGUGCUGCGCUCAGCCAGUUCGAGAAAGUCUCCACAGACCUUGGCUCUGGAGAUAAGGUCCUUGCUCUGGCAGGUUUUGAGGUUGAAAAAGCCAAGAAAUGACAGUGUGGUGGUUGGCGCCCCCAGCCCCUCCUAACCGCACAUGGUGCUGUCAUCCCGAGGACUUGGAGGCAUUGCAAAGAAAUAGAGCUUCUCAGAAUGCCCAAGAACAGGUGACAUGAAAACAGCGGCUUCUGCUUAGGCCUUUCCUCCCCGGAGGCCCUUGUCCUUCUUUGUGGGGCUCCCUUAACUGACCCUGGGUUGUUGGGACGGGGACCUGCUGGACUCAUCCUGUGGUUUGUUUUGUUAAGACGCCUUGUGUUUUAGUGCUGCUCAGAGUGAAAGCUGUGAGCUGCUGAUUGUCCUGAUUCUUGUCUGCACGCCUUGGGUGACCAGGGCAGUGAUGUCACUAGCCCUCCUGUGUCUGAAUCAGAAACCUUUUCAUUUCCACACAAGGAGACCAAGACACAGAAAGAGCAUGUGAUCUGUCUAAAGUCACAUUAGGGACAGAGCUGUGACUGUGGCUCAGGUAUCCUGACUCCUGGUUUUAUUUCUUUAUUCUGUACUGUUGUUGUAUUUUUUUAAAAAAAUAAUUAACUUGUAUUUGUGCAAGUUGGCAUCUAUGAAAAUUCAGUGUCCUAGCCCAGAGUUGAAUGGACACUGUGGGGCUGUUCCCAGCCUGUGAGUGGGCAGCAUGAAUGGGGCCCAUUGUAUCUCUGGAUUUCCAACAAGCAACAAUGGGAGGCCCUGUUGAGAGCCUCCUGAAGUAACUUAACCUCCUGCCUUGUCUCAGUGAGGAAGCAAUAGGAAAAGGCAGCCCCAGGCCCUCUGAGGGUGGUGACAGUGAAGUACUAUAAACUGUGCAGUUUGGGGAGAAACACAAACUCAGUUAUGAAGAAAGCAAGUUUCUCCCUGAGAGUGGUGACUGCAUGGGCAGAUGCACAGCCACGUCCAUACACGUACUUUCCCCAGGCGUCCUUCCUGUGUUUCUCAAUGUUCUCUCUCUCUCUCUCUCUCUCUCUCUCUCUCUCUCUCUCUCUCUCUCUCUCUCCUUUUUUGCACUUUAUACAAAUUAAAAACAUUUUUACUGCUUCUUAUAAACUUAAAUUCUACUAGGUGCUUUGCCAACUGAACAAAUUAGGGUACCUCAGCUAUGUAAAUGCCUUAUUUGGAACUUGUCAUGUCUUUUGGGUUUUUUGAGAGGGGUGGGUCUCUGGUUCAACAAGUUGACUCAGUAGAAAAAGGUGCUUGCUGCCAAGCCUGAUGACCCGAGUUUAAUCCCCUAGAUCGACAUGGUGAAGGGAAAGAACUGACUUUUACCAAUUGUCUUCUGACCUCCACAUAUGUGCCAUGGCUCAUGUGUGUGCACACAUAUACAUGGAUACCCACAUACACACUCAAUAAAUAAAAGAAAAAUUGAAAAGGGAUCUCCCUGUGUUGGAGUCCUGGGUUCAAACUCUUGUCUGGCCUUGGCCUCCCCGGAAGCCGGGCCUGCAGAGGAGUGCUGUGGUGCCGUAGCAGUGGUUGUCUCUGCUGUCUCAUGACCAUCACUCACUGAAGUGUCGCACACCAAGAAAGGCCAACCACCGCUGUCACCUACGGGGCUGUGUGUAUGCUGCCACCGUUUCAUAGAGAUGAAGUUCAUGUUCACAGAAGUCACUGUGUAACUUAGAUUCAGGAGUGAUCAGUACACUCACAGUGCUGUGCAGCUCCCAACCUAGUGCCAGGCCGUUCCCAUCCCCCUGCAGGAAAACCUGCAUCUAAUAAGCAAUCACUCCAACAUGCCUUCCUCCCAGCCCUCCAGCAUCCACUGGUCUGCUCUCCUGUCCCUAUGGACUUACUCUCUGGAUAGUGCACAUGAAUGGAUGUGUGAUUAUGCACUAUAUGGCCUUAUGUGUCUGGCUUCUUCACUUCAUGCAAUGUUUGUAGGGCUAACCUACAUUGUAACACAGUUCAACACUUCAUUCCUUUUUAAUGGCUGAAUAAUACUUCACAGUAUAAAUACUAUGUUUUGUUUAGCCAUGUGUUUGAUGAACGUCUGAGUUAUUUUCAUACUUUUCAGCUCUUGUGAAUAGUGCCACUAUGAAAAUUUCUGCACAAGUACAUGUUGAAUGCCUAUUUUUCAGUUUCCUUUGGAUCAGUACCUAGUAAUAGAAUUGUUAUGUUAUUUUUAAGCCAUAGCAAGAUUAUCCUUUGCCUCAUGAUCCCCCAGUAAACCAAGGAUCUAAGAGUAUUUUUCAUGUGAAAGAGCCUCAUGUCAAUCUGGAGCCCUUAAUCUUGGUGUCCCUUAAACAUUUUUAAAGAACAGCACCAGGAGGCUAGGUAUGGUGGCAUCACCUGUAACUCCAGUACUGGGAAGCAGAGACUGGGGCAUGAAGAAUUGGAGGCCAACCAGGGCUUCUUGGUGAAACCCUGUCUCAUGCCAAAAAUCGAACCAAACAACCAGAUGAGCAUAGAGAGGUACUUACUGUUCAUCACACCCACCUGUCCUACUUAAAGUUAUACUCUAUUAAAAGAUGCUGACACUCGUCGUUACAUCAGUUACUUCAUCUUUGUCUUUUUUGGUUUUUCGAGAAAGGGUUUCUCUGUGUAACAGUCCUGACUGUCUUGAAACUCGCUUUGUAGACCAGGCUGGCCUCAAACUCACAGGGUGCCACUGCAGCCGGCAAAGUUACUUCAUCUUAUGGAGCCUCACUUUUUUCAGUGGAGCUAGUAAAGCCUCCCUUACACCUUCGUUUGCAUUUCCUUCCUCAGGGUUAGCGUUGGUGCUGCUCUGCCAUUCGGCUGCUCAUUUUAGCAGAGUGACACCUGCGUCCCCACUCGUGUUCAUCAGUGAGUUCUGUGCAGUGCAGUUAUUAAAUGCUUGUAAGCCAUG